CCGAUAUUGUUAAAUGUCAAAAAUAACAACAAAUAUUGCCAAAAUGCCAAGAUAGUACAAAAUUUAAAUUCUUCAGCUGUUUAAGUAAAUAAUUCUUACGUAACAAGAGGAAUUAUUUCAAUUGGUUCUCAGUACUUACACUGUGAGUGUGCUUCGAAACUGUAUGAAUUUAACAUAGUUAAAAACUUGUGAACUUGAAGUUUGUAAAAUUCGUGGAAUUUGUGUAUUCGUAUUCAGUUAACCUCUUCGUAAGGUCAAACUUUAUCGCUCACCCUUAAAAUUCUUAAUACAUAUCAGCCACAUACAGUUAAGGAGUAAGUAAGUGUUUCGUAACAUUGUUUACAAUACCGAGUGUGCCGACUGCAGAGUUUUCCGAUCGAUCGAAACAGUGAGUUGUGAAUUCGCCAGUGACUGACAUUUGCGAUUUUGACUAUGCAUUAGUUUGUGUUUAUUCACCAAUAUUUAUGCAAUAAUAAAUUAAAUUAAAGAAAAAAUAUAUAAGAUAUUUAUCUGUUCUAAUAAGCGGCGUUUAGUGUAGGCAAUAAUCAGUGACGCGUAAAGAGUAGUGUGACUGACAACAUGUCUCAUGUGAGGUGGUUAUCAGCGCGCAGCAGUCGUUUGCUGAGCAGCGUGGCGCUCAGGUCGAAAGGUUGUGGUAUUUUGUCGGAUUCCAUAAAAACCUGCGGUAUUCGCACCAUGGCCAGUAAAGUUCUGACAUUAGAAAAUCUGAACCCUAAUAUAAUUAAGCUGCAGUAUGCCGUCCGCGGACCACUCGUCAUACGAGCUGCUGAAAUCGAAAAGGAACUCGAAAAGGGUGCACAGAAACCUUUUAAAAGAGUCAUUAAAGCUAACAUCGGAGAUGCCCAUGCUAUGGGGCAAAGCCCCAUUACAUUCAUCAGAGAGGUGUUGGCAUGUGUAGCUCUGCCAGAGCUGAUCAAAACUGGGAAUUUCCCUGAGGAUGUCAAAAAAAGGGCCACAGAACUCCUCAAUGGGAUGGGGGGUAGGUCGGCGGGCGCGUACACGAUGUCUCACGGGGUGGAGUACAUCCGUCGUCAGGUGGCCGCGUACAUAGAGCGGCGGGACGGGUUCGAGUCCCGGUGGCAGGACGUGUGCCUGUCGGGCGGCGCCUCCAACGCCAUCAAGAACGUGCUGCAGCUCUUCUGCAACCAGGUCGACGGGAAACCCUCCGGCGUGCUGAUCCCUAUCCCUCAAUACCCGCUAUACUCUGCGUCUCUCGCUGAGUACGGGCUGGGUCAGAUCGGCUACUACCUGGACGAGGGUCAAGGCUGGGCGCUGCAGACUGAAGAGUUGGAGCGGGCACUAAAGGAAGCGGCUUCUACGCAUGCUGUCCGCGCCAUCGUGGUCAUCAAUCCUGGCAAUCCUACUGGACAGGUGCUGACUCGCGAGAACAUUGAGGAGAUCAUAAAGUUUGCGCACAAACACAAGCUGUUCAUAUUCGCGGACGAGGUGUACCAGGACAACGUCUACGACGAGGGCAGCAAGUUCUACUCCUUCAAGAAGGUUCUCCGUGAAAUGGGCGGUGCUUACAGCUCUAAUGUGGAGCUGGCAUCGUUCAUGUCGGUCAGCAAGGGGUAUAUGGGGGAGUGCGGCCUCAGGGGGGGGUGGAUGGAACUCGUCAACGUGGGUGAGGGGGUGCAGGCACAGCUGUACAAGGCCAUCUCCGCCAUGCUGUGCCCCACCUCGCUGGGGCAGGCCGCCGUGUCCUGUGUGGCAGCGCCUCCGAUGGAAGGCGAUCCGUCAUACAAGCAAUGGUUGCAAGAGAAAACUGCAGUACUACGCUCCCUGAAGGAGAGAGCCCAUAUGAUCGCCAAAACGUUCAACAGUAUGGAGGGUUUCACCUGUAACCCAGUGCAGGGCGCGAUGUAUGCGUUCCCCCGCUUCGAGUUGCCGCCCAAAGCGAUAGAAGCGGCCAAACAGGCCAAACAACCGCCCGAUGUCUUCUACGCGUUCAAAUUACUCGAAGAAACAGGAAUCUGCAUAGUCCCAGGUUCAGGGUUCGGCCAACGCGACGGGACCUACCACUUCCGGACCACCAUCCUGCCACAACCAGCUCUAUUGCAGGAAAUGCUCAACAUAUUCCAGAAUUUCCACAAGAAGUUUACGCAACAAUACAAGUAAAUGAUGUAACCCGCGAAUUGAUUCAAUCAUAACAUCAAACUAUAAGAAAAUAAAAACAUAUUUACGAACGAUUAAAUAAUGUAGAGAAAAUUUUUACUAGAAAAAAAACACGCGGACCAGACAGCAGACGGGAUUCGAACCCGCAACCUUCGCUAUACGGGUGAAUGCACUGACCGCGGCCUUGACGGCCGUGUCGAUUUUUCUCUUACUUCUUACUGUAAUUACUACUUCUUCUAACGUUUAAUACUUGUAAAGCUAUUCAUUUGACAUUGUCGGUUACCUACAAAGAGAUGGUGCUGCCUUGCAGCUUAAGAAAGGCUAGAAUGAAUUCGACUCGACCAUCAGGGCCGCGGUAGCAUAAUGGUUAGCGCAUUCGCCGGAUAGCGAAUGGUGCGGGUUCGAGUCUCAUCUGCUGCCUGGUGCGCCCGCGUGGAAUUAUUUCUAGUAAACAAUUUCUUUAGAAUGUAGCAAUUAAAUGCUUAAAAUAAUAAAAUACAUAUUACGAUUAAAUAAGUAGAGUAUUUAAAACAGAGUCUAGUAAUUGCUUCGUAAUGUCACAGAAAAUGGGGUAGUUUCAUCUGUUUAAUAAGUCCAUUAUUAGGGUAGGCAAUAUCGCACACUUAAACUACCCUCCAAGUCUGACUUUGAUUUACUUAGCAGCUACAAACAGUAUAGAUCACACAUUAUUUACCAAUUCCACAGUUUAUUAAAGAAUAUGUAAGUAUUUUACAACAUUUCUGUAGUAUUUUAUAAUAAAAAUGUUGAGAUUUGAUUGAUUAAAUAACCAAUGAAUUUUAACAGUAAACAUUGAAUUCUUGCGAGACAUUUGGAAAACUUGUAUGCUAAUCUUUGUAUAAAUAGAACAAUUGGUAUGAAAGCAUUCGUAUUAGAAGCGAUAUUAAUUAGAUGUAUUUAAUGUUAUACAACAAGUCAAAGUUUUUCAACUGAGGGGAAAUAAUCAUGAUGAUAGUUAUAUUUUUAAUGCUAAAAAUGGCGUCGUUGAGUAUUGGUAUGAUAUUAAUAUUUAUAUAAAACACGCUGCAUCUUAUAUAUUCUGCCAAGCGAGGAACGCGGAGAAAUGCUACGUUAUAUGUUAUAUAUUUUUCUUUAUGUUACGAUGUGCAAUAUUUAUAGAGUUUUGCCACAAAUCUAAGUAUCCUUUUGCCCAUUAAGUUAUGGUGCUUCCCACACAGUAUUUAUAAAAGUUAUAUAACAUUAUGACAUAACAUAUUGUAACACAGCAUGAUAGAACUAUGUUAAUUGUAAUAUUUUUUUUUCUGAAAUUUUGUAAUUUUACCCCUGGGAAACCUUUUCCAACAUUAAAACAUACGAACUGGCUGUAAUAAUAUCAAUAUAUAUUUAAUAUAUAUAUAUAUAUAUAUAAUUACUGUGUGGGUGUACAACUAUAUUGUCAGUGUUGGGAUAGUUUGCAAACCCUCUUAUUAAUAUUGCUUAUGUGAUUUUAUGUAAUUAAGUUAUAUAUCAUUAUUAACUUGGAUGAUUUUAAAUACCAAAAAAAGACUAUUCGAAAUUGUUGUGAUAAUUAAGUUAAUUUACCACUCAAUACACCGAGCGCGAGUCUGAUUUUAAAAAUUAUGUAUAUUUUGUUAAAAUAUUAAUAAUUCUUUUUUAUUGCAAAUUCGGUUUCUAGUCGUGGCUGUGCCAUUGUCCAAUUAGUGACACAAAACAAUAAAAUAAAAAGGUGCAUUGUAUAUUAUUUAUUUCAUUCAAAUAUCAAUUGAUUUGAUCACAUAUGUAAUGAUAUUAAUGUCGAUUUUCUGGCAAGAUUUUCCAAAGUUAAAUCUAAAUUUAAAACAGCCUGUCUCCUUUCAUUCUGUAUAAAGAAUGACAACGCUGUUUUCAAAGCGAAAUUUUAGAGAAAAUCAUGCCAAAAUUGACACCUAAGUAUACCUAAUUGUAUUGAUUUUAUGAAUUGUUCCAAUGAAAUGAGUAGGUUAUUAUAUUCGGCGCAUGAUUAAAGUUAACCAUGGAGGUUAGAGAAAAUAGUGUCCCAGAGAUAUGGACAAAAUAAGUGAGGCGCUGCGAUCGCUAAGUUGUCUCAAUAAAAGCGGGCUGUUAUGCGCUAAUAUGAAAUGAACAAUGCCGCGAAGAAAAUUUGUACAUAAUUCGACUAACUUCAUCUACUUGUACUCAUAAACAGCUAACUUCACAGAUACUACUUACCGACGGCAGCGCGGCUGGUGGCUGAAAAAUGAACUAU